UAAGAACAAAAAUCUUUAAGAUCUAUACUUGAAACUUUUCUUGGCAAAGUAAGGAAAAUGUCAUCAAUGGAGCACAACAAGGAUGGUUCCAAGGAAUCCGAAUUCGAGGAAGAGAUAGAAAAGCCAUACAGUAAGAUUAAGUUUCGGUACGCAAAAGGGAUUAAAGCUGAAAUAUUGAAGGAUUUGAUAGUUCGAGGAAUGAAAGCUGAGAAGCUCAAGAGUUUCAUUCAUGGAAGCAUCAAAACUGAGAAGUUGAAGGGCUUGGAUUUUUUCAUUGCCAAAAAAAAAUUGGCAAGGUUGAAAAUUUGGGCAGUUCGAGCAACUACUGUGUUGCUUCUUUGGGCUAUUGCUAUGCAGCUAAAAGCACUUUGCCAGACUUUGGCUCCAAGGAUUAUCUCAAACUCCCCCUCUUUUCCACCUCCAAGAGUAUAUGAGAAUAAUGGAUAUCUUAUGGUUUCAUCAAAUGGAGGAUUGAAUCAAAUGAGAACUGGUAUCUGUGAUAUGGUAGCCAUUGCAAGAUACUUAAAUGUGACACUUAUAGUUCCUGAAUUGGAUAAUACCUCAUUUUGGAAUGACUACAGUCAGUUCCAAGAUAUAUUUGAUGUGGAUUAUUUCAUUGGAUCGUUGAGAGAUGAGCUUCGUAUACUGAAAGAACUUCCUCCUAAGCAGAAGAAAAAAGUGGAAUUCGAAUCCCUCUACUCUAUGCCCCCAAUUAGUUGGUCCAACAUGACCUAUUACUACAACACGAUCCUUCCUCACAUUCACGCAUUGGAAGUUGUGCAUUUCACAAAAAGUGAUGCUAGGCUUGCUAACAAUGGAAUUCCUGAAGAGGUUCAGAAACUGCGUUGCCGCACAAACUACCAUGCUCUGAGAUUUGCUCCCCCAAUUGAAGCUAUAGCAAAGAAAAUUGUUCAGAUCCUGAGAGAAAAAGGUCCUUUCUUGGUCCUUCAUCUCAGAUAUGAAAUGGACAUGGUCGCAUUCUCUGGUUGUAAUGAAGGUUGCACUGAACAAGAGAUUGACGAGCUCACAAAAAUGAGAUAUGCUUACCCCUGGUGGAAAGAGAAGGAAAUUGAUUCUGUGAAGAAAAGAAAAGCUGGUCUAUGCCCUAUGACUCCGGAGGAAACUGCACUUUUCUUGCGAGCUCUAGACAUCGAUUCCAAUAUGCAAGUUUAUAUUGCAGCUGGAGACAUAUACAAGGCAGAGAAGAGAAUGGCAACUCUCAAAGCAGCUUUUCCAAAUUUGGUUAAAAAGGAAAUGUUACUUAAACCUUCAGAACUUUUGCCCUUCCAGAACCAUUCAAAUCAAAUGGCUGCCUUGGAUUAUUAUGUCUCAAUAGAAAGUGACAUUUUUGUUCCAACAUAUGGAGGAAACAUGGCAAAAGUAGUAGAAGGCCAUAGAAGGUAUUUGGGGUUCAAGAAAACCAUCCUACCAGAUAGAAAAUUUUUGGUGGAACUCAUAGACCGAUACAACAAUGGAAAAAUUACCUGGGAUGAGUUCUCUGUGGCAGUGAAAAUAAUUCAUGCGGAUCGAAUGGGAAACCCAAUACCAAGAUCAGUGGUGCGUGGUAAACCCAAGGAUGAGGAUUACUUCUAUACAAAUCCACAGGAAUGCUUGUCUCCAGUGGAGGAGGAGCCAUUAGAUGAUGAACAUGCAUUUUCUUUUGGAGACUAAGCGCUCCAUUUUUAAUUAAGAAAGUCAUCCAGUUUUUUAAUUCCAAUUGUAAGUUUAGUUAUAGCCUGAGUGAUAAAAGUCACUAUUCCUUUAAACGGUAGACUGAAUUCAAAUCCCCCGAUCCCAAUAUCAAAAAAUAAAAAUUAAACGAAAAAGAAAAAAGAAAGAAGCCUUGGGCUUCUUGGCAAUGUAGGGUGAACAAAGCCAUUAGAGGAUGAACACGCAAGAUACAAACCAGGCUUAGUUAUUUUUUAUUUUUUAUUUUUUUAAUUUAUUUUUUAUGUCUUUUAGAGAAGUUUUAUGGUGGAUAUAAUUGGGUCUAAGCCCAAGAAGGCAUUUAGGGUCUGAUGUAAACUUUUUAUUUUUUUAUUUUUAUUUUUAUUUUUUUGGGGUGGAUAUUAAAGAGGGAGAUUCUGUAUGAUUUUCUAAAUUGUAUUUUCCCCAAAACAAAUUUUAAAAAUAACUACUUUCAAA